GCAAUUGUGGGCGGAGUGCGCGAGCGCUGAAAUCGUUUGCGCACCUGUCAACUGGGCACUGGGUAGGUGAUGCUAGAUGAUGGCGAGUGUCUUUAAUGUGAUUUGAGUUUGUUUUUCGGCGACUAUUGGGGCAACAGAGACACUUAAGAAGGCAAAAGAAAAUAAUAAAACCAGGGAGUCAUUGAAGGAGUUUGUCGUGGCAGCGUCACAAACUUGGGACCGAAUAACAACACCAAACCAAAGGUGAAUUCAUGUAAACAAAAUCAACUACUUUUUUUUUGUCCGCUGCUCUUCAUUGCAGCCAACUCAGACUAUUGUUUGUUGUACUUUAAGCGCGCAAUGGCUUCUCCGGGUGCCAGUUCGAGCCCUUUGAGUUUCCUGGCUCCCAAAACGAAGACAAAGAAGAAACAUUUUGUACAGCAGAAAGUGGAGGUGUUCCGAGCCAGUGACCCUAUUCUAAGCGUCCUUAUGUGGGGAGUCAAUCACUCGAUUAAUGACCUGGUCCAGGUGCCUGUCCCCGUCAUGCUGCUUCCUGAUGACUUCAAAGCCAAUACCAAGAUCAAAGUCAACAACCAUCUCUUCAACAAAGAGAAUCUUCCAGGACAUUUCAAGUUCAAAGAGUAUUGUCCACAGGUGUUCCGCAAUCUCCGAGAGCGCUUUGGAAUCGAGGAUCUGGAUUAUCAGGCUUCUCUGGCACGCAGCCCUCCGGUGAAGGACGGGGAUGGUCACGGAGUGGGGCUGCUGCUGACAUCAUAUGAUCGCACCCUGAAACUCAAACAGAUCUCCAGUGAGGAAGUGGAGGACAUGCACAACAUCCUAUCUGAAUAUCACCAGCACAUAGUGACGUGUCACGGCAGCACGCUGCUGCCUCAGUUUCUGGCCAUGUACCGGGUGACCGUGGAGAGUGAGGACACCUACCUCAUCGUUAUGAGGAACAUGUUCAGCCACAGGCUCAACGUUCACAGGAAGUACGACCUUAAGGGGUCUCUGGUGUCCCGUGAAGCGAGUUUAAAGGAAAAGGAGAAAGAGUUGCCCACGUACAAAGAUGUGGACUUCAGGAAUAACAUGCAGAAGGUUUAUGUGAGUGAGGAGGAGAAGGAGAGGAUCAUGGACAAGCUCAAUAGAGACGUGGAGUUCCUGGUGCAUCUGAGGAUCAUGGACUACAGCCUGCUGCUGGGGAUCCACGAUGUGGGCCGGGUGGAGGAGGAGGAGAUGGAGGAGGAGUCGUAUGAUGAUUAUGAUUCGGAGGAGGAGGAGGAGGAGGAGAACAGCCUGACUCCUGCUCCUGCUGUGGGCUCCUAUGGCACCUCCCCUGAGGGCAUCGCUGGCUACAUGAACUCCUUUAAACCCCUGGGGCCCGGGGAGUUUGACCCUUAUGUAGACGUCUACGCCAUUCAGAGUGCUGUGGGUGCACCCCAGAGGGAGGUGUACUUCAUGGGUCUGAUUGACGUCCUGACUCACUAUGACACCAAGAAGAAAGCCGCUCAUGCUGCCAAGACCGUCAAACAUGGGUCUGGAGCAGAAAUCUCCACCGUUCACCCUGAGCAGUACGCAAAGAGGUUCCGUGAGUUCAUUGCUAAGAUCUUUGCCUAGCUUACCAGAAAACAGCUACAUCUACAGUACCAUGGCCGACUCGAUACGAAAAAACUCCCCAUUUUAGUACCUUGUUGUUACAAUUCAUUAUCUAACAGACACUGUAUUUGAUUCUAAUAUUUAACGACACUGCUUUUUGAUUUCAUGAAUCAAUUCAAGUAGAUGAUUUUGUAUAUAGAUAACUACAGAGCAAAUAUACAGUAUAUUAACUAAGAAAUAUACCGUUUUUUAAAGCUAUUUAUUUAAUUGAAGUUAAAAAAAAGACUCUUGGUACUAGCUUUGCCACCUGUUGAACACGAGAGAAACUACAUCGUCACAUGCCUCCAGUUCUGGUUGACUGGAAUUUUGGAGACCUGGCAGAGUUCUAUUCGCUGUGGAAGUCUGACAACAGAGUGCGUUUGAAUGGCUUCGGUGACGAUGGGAAGAGAGAGAGCAUUGUCUUUGUGGCAUGCUCUUCCAGGUGAUUCUGACUGGAUGGAGGCACAAAAGGAAGGAGUGACCGUAGCAAUGGCUAUUAAUUUAUGGACACACACACUGGACUGGUAUUUUAGAAAGACUGAUCGAUGUCCUUCUUUGCCUAGAUUUCCUUAAAUCAAAACAAGGUGGAGAAAUGCCUUUUAAGUCUUUUGAAAUCACUGAUGUAUCUUAAUAUAUUGGGAGUGGCUCCUAAUCCGUGAGCGGAUCUUUUAUUUCUGAGGCUCCGUAUCCGUGAGUGCGCAAAUUCUCGCAGUAUGUCUCAUUCAUUUUUCUCAUGCCGAACCCAGAUUAGAUACAUGGCUAGUUAAAUCAGAAUUAAAUUGCAAAAAUAUGAUAUUCGCAAUGUCACUAAGAAAAAACAAAACCACUACAAUGUCAAUGAUUUUGUCAUGAGUUCAGUACCAUAUGCUUGAUUUGCGGACCCAUGACGAAGGUUUAUCGUCAUUAGCUAGCUAACGUUAGCAUGCUAGUGAUGCUAGUGUUAGCUAGCAAGCUGUAUUCAAGUCCAUUGGAAACCGAUGCAACCCUGGUGGCUACGUGGCUAGCUAGAUGACCGGUAGUGGCAGUAAGGUCCAUAUGAGAGUCAAGGCUCUAAGUGCCAUCAUGCACAUAAACUACUGUUUGAUGAGCUAGCUAAGUUAGCUAAGAAGGUAUACCAGUUAACUAGCUUUGCAUGCAUGGUAGGACCAGUGUUGUCCAAGAUGGUAGAUCGUCUCUGGUGAUGUGUCAACAUUACAACCAAAUUGCAACCUAUGGGACGCAAACAUUCCUGCACAUACACAGGUAUCGGAUAACAAUAAGAAAUAUUUCUCAAUAUAUUGCAUAUUUAGUCCACAAUUUCUCUGACAUUUGGCUUGUAGUUCUUGCACAACAAAGAAGUAGAGACCGUUUUCAGGGACCUACCCAAUCAAAACAAACAGUGAAAUUAUAGUUAGGGAGAAAUUAACCAUACGACCGCUACUAGGUGUCAAUGUAUCCCCACAGAUCAAAUUGAUUUCAACAGUACUUAAGUCCACUAACUUGCUGCACUGGUGUAAACUAUUACUAUUGCACAUGAUUUGUAUAUUGACAUAUCGGGGACACUUUGGAGAACACUUAUGGAUCUGUUAGACACAUACACACAUCUAUGUAUUUUCUCUGUAAACGGAUUUGUAUUUCUUGGGUGAGGUGGGGCUAACUAAAUAAGAAAUGACAAUCCAGGACAAAUGGAAAUACAGCCUGCUUUGUGAUAUCAAAUGCCUUCUUACAUUUUAAGAUGGGGUAUGCAACCAAGCACACAUGAAACCAUUCAUGAAGACAAAUGAUUUGAAGUACACCCCUGCUGAGUAUAAACAAUUAAAAAUUAUUAUAGAUGCCCCAAAAUAGAUUGAAUGUGCUUGUAAUUCACACAGUACUGAUAAAAAUCAAGUGUAUUUGAUGUAAAUAUAGGUAUACAAGGACAUCUCGUGGUCAGCAGGUUUUUCAUCCUCAGUCACUAGCUAUCAUAAUUGUGUAUCCCUCCUUCACAAGCUUGAUGUUUCCUAUGCAAAAAAGCAAAACAUUGAUGCACUAGCAUGCAAUGACGCAGGAAUUUAUGUAACGGAUGUGAAACGCUAGCUUAGUUGGUGGUGAGCGCUAAAUAGUGUUUCAACCGGUGACGUCACUUGCUCUGAGACCUUGAAGUAGUGGUUCCCCUUGCUCUGCAAGGGCCGCGGCUUUUGUGGAGCGAUGGGUAACGAUGCUUCGUGGGUGACUGUUGUUGAAGUGUGCAGAGUGUCCCUGGUUCGAGCCCGGGUAUGGGCGAGGGGACGGUUUAAAGGUAUACUGUUACAUUUACAUUGCAACAUAUAUUGUCAUUGACUAAAACAAAAUAUAAUUGUAUGAGAAACCAUAAAACUUCCAUUAAUAGCCGGGGUGUUUAUUUUCUUAAAUCACUGAACACAACAUGCUUCUAUUUGAGCCGGGCAUCUAUCUCCUUAAUGCACACAAUUUUUGCAAAUUUGCAUAGUUGUCUAAUUCCAGCAUUCACUUCCAGUGUUAUCGUUUACAAACGGUGUCAUGUUUAUUUUGUUAGUAUUCCACUAUAAAUACAACUUUUUUUAAACUUGACUAUCAUUUUUCUCCACUUUGCUGUGCAGUUCUUACUUUCGCCACUAGAGACGAUUUCUAGGUCUGUUCCCAAUGUUUUUUUGCUUGCCAGUUAGCUAGCCGUUCUCAGCUGUUGGCAACCAAUGGCUAGCAGUUUCUUUCUGGUGAUAAAAACAGAUGAUUACCACCAUUUCUUCGAGACAUUACUGAAUUAUUUAAUGUAACGAAUCAAACGUUAAACUUCAAACAAUUCAUGGUAAUCUCAAACAGGCAGUGGUGGAAAAAGUACCCAAUUGUCAAACUUGGGUAAAAGUCAAGAUACAUUUUUAAUAGAAAAUGACUCAGGUGAAAGUCACCCAGUAAAAUAUUACUUGAGUAAAAGCCUAAUAGUAUUUGGUUUUAAAUAUACUUAUAUAUCAAAAGUAAAUAUACAUAAGUAUCAAAAGUUAAAGUAUAAAGCAUUUCAAAAUUCCUUCCUUAAAUUUUUUUUAUGCACACUCACGGAUACGGAGCCAUCGAAAAUAAAAGAUCUGGUCACGGAUUAGGAACCACUCGCUAAUACAAUUUGUACAAAUGACAUUAAAUGUUUCUUUAAAUCUAUGUUUGAGUUGAUAUCUACUAAAUUAUCUGUGUUAAAUUUUCGGAAGUUCUGUCUCUCCCAUAAAUCCAGAGUCACAGUAUUCCCAAAGUUCUUAUCAUAUUUGAUUAGUAAUGUAAUUUAAAGCAUAGACCUAGCAAAUUCUCCAGUGUUAAAUCAACACUGACAGUGUUAAAUUUAACACUGGGCCCGUGCCUACACGGGUCCAUACUUUUCAGUGGUAAAUUAACAUUCAUGGCCAUUUAGCUGUCUUGCUGUUUCUAGCUAAUUUGUCCUGGGAGAAACACUUUAUUAUUUUAUUUUUUUAACCUAAAAUGCAUAUGGUGCUUUGUAAUUUUGAGUCAUAGAAAAUUGUGUGUUCUCUACUUUGACAAUUAAUCCACAGAUAAAAAGGGAAACCUA